AAUUUAUUAAUUAAAUUAUUAAUUAAGUUAUUAUUUUUGUUUGUGGUUUGUGGCAAAGGACUAAUACCUAUUAUUUAAUAAUAAAUUUUCUUGUGUUUUUAUUGUUAAUAGUGAUCUAAAAAUGUUGCCAGUUUUUGAUCAUUUGUUAAGGGAACAAGCCAAUCUUGAUUUUAGACGCAGAAGGAGAGAAUGCAGAGAGAGUUUUGAUUUUAAUGGUAUCAGUGAUAAUCGGUUUAAAGAACUCUUUCGUGUGAAUAAAGCACUCUUCCAGCAUCUGUGUGAAGUUUUGAGACCUCAUAUACACCACCCGACACACAGGGAUAAGGUAUCGGUGGAACAGAAAAUCUUAGUAGCCCUAAGGUUUUAUGCAACUGGUGGCUACCAGAGAAGUGUGGGUGGAGAUUUUAAUAUGGCCGUGAGCCAGACUAGUGCCCAUAGAUAUAUCCAUGAGGUUACCAAUGCUAUAAGUGAGCAUCUAUCACCCCAAAAAAUCAUAUUCCCCCGCACCCAAAGAGAAAUUAAUAGAAAUAGGGAGCUCUUCAUGCAAAGGUUUAAUUUUCCCCGCAUAAUAGGAGCUAUAGAUGGGACUCACAUAGCCAUUUUAAAACCAAAUGUGGAUGAACACAUUUUCAUAAAUAGGAAGGGUUUCCAUUCUCUUAAUGCAUUAGUAAUAUGUAAUGCAGAAUUAAAAUUUAUAUAUAUAAAUGCAAAUUACCCAGGUAGUAACCAUGAUUCGUUUAUAUGGAGGCAGUGUCAUCUGAGACAAUUUAUAUGGGAAGAAUACCAAAGAGGUAAUAUGAGGGGUACAUGGCUAAUAGGGGAUUCUGGUUAUCCCUUAGAACCCUUCCUUCUUGUUCCAUAUUUAAAUCCUCCAGAAAACAGUCCAGAAGCCCGCUACAAUAAUGCGCAUAUUGCUGCAAGAAAUGUUAUUGAGAGAGCUAUUGGAGUUUUAAAAACAAGAUUUAGGUGUUUACUGAGGGAGCGAGUGGCAAGAUACUCACCAAACUUUGUUGGUGAGCUUAUAAAUACUUGUGUAGCACUACACAAUAUGUGCAUUGAUUUUGGAUUGGGACAAGACAUGGAAAAUUGGCAGCCUAAUGAAAUUGAAGUAGUCCAGUUGGCUAAUGUACAUGUAGGAGGUUUAUUGGGUCAAGGAAAUGUUGUAAGAAAUAGGGUGGUAGAGCAGUAUUUUUAGUAAGAAGUUUGUUAUUUUUGGUAAUCUUAAACAUAAAUUUAGAUUUAAGUUUUAAAUCUAUAAAAAAAGUGUCAGCUCUGUAAAAUGGUUGUCAAUAAUUUAAACCUGUUUUGCUAAGCAUUUUUUUCUGGAACACCAUGCUACUCAUUUAGGAAAUUUUGCUAGCUUUCAGCAAUUAUUGCUGUUUUUAAUUUAAAGACUUAAGUUAGUUUAAACAACAAUGAUCUAUUCUUAUGACAUUGCUUUUUUUGAAUCAGAUUUUUUUUUAUGGUUUUAGUGAGUGCCGCCACAAUGCAGACCUUUUUAAAUUAAUAUAAUUUAAAUAGUUAAUAAUAAUUCAGUGUACCUAAUGUAUAAUGAUUUAUAUUAUUUUAUUAAUUGUUCAAACAUUUUCUUCAAGAAGUUUUCUUUAUUUGUACAAUUUGUAUGUAAUGUUCAAUAU